AUGAAAUUUGGGGCUCAAAUCAAAUCCAAAUCCGUUCCAGAAUGGAAGAGCUACAAUAUUGAUUAUAACCACUUGAAAUUUAAGAUUAGAGUAACAACAGAAACUCCAAAUAAUCAAAAACUGGUUAAUGACUUACAUAAUGACUUUAUUGAACAAAUUGAUAUGGUAAAUCUAUUCCUGAACUCCAAGAUUGGUGAAGUUAAAAGAAGAAUAAUAUAUAUCGAAAACUUGAUUGAACAACAAGAAAACCCAAAAAGUCAUAAUGAUGGACAUAUUCAUUUCAAUGCUGAAGAUUAUUUAUCUUCAAUCUCAUCAGAUUUACAAAAACUUUCAAGAUUCAUCAUGGUUCAAAAAACUGGUCUAAGGAAGUUGUUGAAAAAAUAUACAAAAUAUUCAAAAGAUGGCGGUGAUUUAAACAUGAAAAUCAACAAAUAUAUGAUCAAGAAUGAUGAUUCAUUCAUCCAUUUGGAUCUUACUGGGUUUUAUUUGGAACUAGCAUUGAUUUAUGACUUGAUUAGAUCAAAUAUGGAGGCAGUUUCACCAACUUCUUCAUUACCAACUCAGCCGCCACAGCAACAACAACAACCAUUACCUGCCAAUGCCCAUAGACGCCGUUCUUCAUACAUUGAUCCAUCUUUAACUUUAAACAUUAAUGAAUUUUUUGAUUAUGAAGCUAUCAAAGAAGGUAACUUUGUGGAGAAAUACUUGGUUCAUUAUGAUAACUUGGAAGAAUUAAAGAUAUUCUUGUUGGCUAAUUUUUAUUUUGUUGACCAAACAGUGAGUUCCACUAGACAAAAUAUUGAACUAAAGAAACAGACAUCAACUCUAAGUCUAAGGCAAAUUAUUGGGAAAUCUGCUUCAAAUGAAGAUUUACCAUCUACAAAGAGACAAAAAACUCAACCUAUUGAAGAAGGAGAAGAACAAGAUGAAGAGGACGAUGAUGAAAGAAACACUCAGAUUUAUAAAAGUAACUCAAUUUAUUUGAAUGAAAGUGACGAAUUGGUUGAUCAUGGUUCAAGUUCAUUGAUCUUGGAAGAUCCAAAGAAUUUCAUUUCAAUCAAAAAUGAAACAGAACCAGGCAUGUUUUUAACUGAUUUAAAAAAUACAAAUAGAACUAUUUCAAUGACUGCUAUUGGUGGAUUAAGAAAAACUUCAUGUGUGUUGCUACAUGAUUCUCAAUUCUUACAAGAUUUAUUACAGAGUUGUUUAGAUGGUGAAACUUAUCAAGAUUUUUAUCAACGUCAUGAAUCUGAAAUUUUGCCUUUAAGCUCCUUGGAGAAAAUUUCAAUUGAAUGGAUAUAUUCCAAAAAUGUUAAACCUUUGGUUAAAGUUAAAUUAAAUAAAUCAAGAUUUACAAACUUGCAAACUAAUUUAUCUCAAGACUCAAAGUUUAAAUCAUGGAUCACUUUAAAAUCAAAUGUUAAACUAAGUGAAAGUGAUUUAUCCACUAAUGCAUGGACUCAACAAAAUGAAUCAGAUGCAAGCUCAUUACCUUAUGCAAUCUUAGAAGUUCGUUGGAAUUCACCAAAUGUCCCAAGUUUUUUACAAAAAUUAUUGGAUUCUCAUUUAGUUUACAACAUUGAUAAAUCUUUCAAUGCAUUAACUUUUUCAUUAUACAAAUUUAACAAAUUAUCAUUCAAACCUCAAUGGGCCCAAUUAUUCGAAUCAAACAUUGAUAUCAGAAAACUCCCACCAAAGAUCAAGAGAUCUAAAUCUCACACCUCAAAGCUAACCAGCCCAACAACAGCUGGGAACUCAGAUAACGGUUCAUCAAUCCAUAACCCAUCAGUCUCUGGUGAAUCCACAGUGCAAUUCCGUUAUUGGAAUGAAUUUGAUAAUGGUUCAGAUUUUGAAAACGAUAAUGCAUUCAUGGUUGAUGUUGAUUCUUCAGAUGACCACCAUUUUUUAAACAAUGCAUCAAUUGAUUGGUUUUACAAAAUGUCUAAUAAUUUCCAUGAUUUCCUAUUACAGAAAACUCCAUGGUUGAUAACUGAUGAAGAGUCCCAACCAAUGAAUCAAUCCCUUUCUCAACAACAUCAUAAUGGGUAUGGUUCUUUAGAAUCCGAUGUGGAGUCAUUAAAUGAACAAAUCAAAUCUCAUCAACAAUCAACUUUCUUAUCCUCAUUAUCUCUAUUAUCCGCAUUAUUUGCGUUGCUCCUCACUGCAGUUUCAUUAGGUAUAACUGCCUCCAUAUAUAAUUCUUAUGAUGAUGUGAGUUUGAGCCCAGUACUUGUGGGUGUUUUGACCAUAACUAUGUUGAUUAGUUUGUUUUUGGGAAUUUUAGCCAUUUGUUUAAUAAUGAGUUGCGAGAAAAAAACUAUGGGGAAUCUAGUAUUUGUUUGGGGUGUUUUCAUUGGUGUGACGGUUUUCAUAAUUGGUGGUAUUGGUUCUGUUUUUGGUAUUUGA